CCUCCCGCUCCGUGGGGCGCGCGGCGGCGGGGCGCAGACGAGCGGGGGGGAAUUAACAAUCGGCUGAUAAUCCGGCGCGGAUUGGUGCGGAUUCCCGCGUACGUGAGGGCCGGUCGCGACUGCCGUGAGUGCCGCCUGUCAAGUCAUUCGAGACGGAGACGAGGGAACGGAUGCGAUGUCUGACCCUACGGGUGAUCAUGUAGAUGCGUUGGAGGAGGACCCGGACGUGGAGUCCAGUUAUAAGCCGCCGCCGGAGAGGUCCAUCGAGCAGAUUCUGGAAACGGACAAGGAGGACGAGAGUCUGCGCAAGUAUAAGGAGACACUUCUCGGGGAAGCGAAGUCCGGCGGUAUCGUAGUAGAUUCCGGCGAUCCUAGAAAGGUAAUAGUGAAGAAAUUAGCGCUAUGCGUCGCCGAUCGGCCGGACAUGGAGCUGGACUUGACCGGCGAUUUAACGCAGCUGAAGAAACAGACGUUUAUCAUCAAGGAAGGCGUGAGCUACAGAAUCAGGAUCGACUUUAUUGUGCAACGCGAGAUCGUGCAUGGAUUAAAAUACGUUCAAAAGACUUAUCGUCUCGGCGUACCUGGAGUUACUGUUGACAAAAUGACGCAUAUGGUAGGCUCGUAUCCACCUAAAACGGAGCUGCAGUCGUACACCACUCCAGCUGAGGACGCGCCAGCAGGCGUGGUCGCGCGAGGCUCCUACAGCGUGAGCUCACUCUUCACGGACGACGACAAGCACGAGCACCUCAAGUGGGAAUGGUCGUUCGAAAUCAAGAAGGACUGGAAAGACUAAGGUCGCCCUCCGCUCCACAUUGAAACACAGAAGUCGUAAAGACGAUAAUUUACAAUUCCUAGCCUUACUAUACUUUGCGAGUAAUGAUUAAGGACGUAAAAUGCCAAAACGCAAAGAGUUGGACGGAUGACUUUUAAUAUCCUUUCGUUGUGGUCGAACACACGUUGCCAUAAGAAUUAAUUACUUAUACGUAUUUUACGUAAUGAAGGAGAAUGAGGAUAUAAUCGGUAUUUAUUAAGUUUUUCUUCGUAAUUGAUUAGAUAUUCGAUUAAUAGAAAUAGUAUAUCGAGAAUUACGAAGUACACACAUACGCAUAUAUGCAACACACCACGUUUUAAUCACUAGUACAAGCAGACACCAGUAGUAAUGAUUUAAGCGAUGUGACAAACCGGCAUUCCCGGACAAAUGAAUAUUAGAUGCGUAGCGAGUGAAAUUUACAGUGAACGUUACAGCGGCGUUGAUCCAUUAUAUAUAUAUAUAUUAUAUAUAUAUAAAAUAAAAGUAAAAAGUGCUCUAAAAUAUUUAGAUAUUUGUACAACAUGGUUUUCGGAGAGCAAUCAGACUCUGCUCAAUAUUUUGUACGUUUAUCACAUAUUUGACACUUUCUACAGUGUAUAAAAUUAUAUGCUCUAUUUACUGUUUAAAAAAAAGGAAACUGGUAAGAGAGGUCGCAACGCCUCUAUUCAUUACUUCCACAUUGAAAUAGCUGUAAAAAGAAAGGGCAAUCUUCGCGAAAGUAGAUUUUACACAAACUACGUAUAUCGUAAUAUAUAUUUUAAUUACGGUAAUUACUCGCAAGAGCAAAAUAGAUUCUAACUAGAUUUCUCGUGAAACACACGACGCACCUCUUCCAGUUAUCACGGAGAUUAUCGGAUGAUACGAAUCCUACGUCUUGCGUGUUGAAAGUUUCCGACAACCAUGUUUCUUCGCGGAGAGUAUAUCGUAGCGAAUGUGUUAAUCGCAAAGUAAUUAGAAUUGUUGAAGAAAGCCCUAAUCACCCCAGAAACGCGCACGUCACAUCGACAGCUGAUCCAUGUAAAGACAAAAAACAAUGUGCAUAACGUACGGCCAUACAGUGUUAGAGUCCGUGGCGGUUUUUCGAUAGUCACGUAACGGUCGAUCGUGUGUAGGCUAGGCAUUGCCAUGCAUUUGUAUAAUAAUGAGCGACGACGUGAAAAGAAGAAUAUAUUAGAAUAGACGUUUUGUACCUUUGUUACGAGCUUCACGAGAGAAACAAGUAGAUCGAGAAUAGUUACCUCAUUGGAGAAAGUGACGCAAAGUAUAUUGAUAUAUACGCCUAGAUAAAAUCGAGCCGUCUCGCGUUUCUUUUUCCUUUCAUCCAUUCAGAUUUCAAGUCGUCAUAUUUUUCCACUUACGCGUGACGUAGUCGCGUUCCGAUUGUGCCCUCGCGAUAGUGUCUAUGUAUAUCGCCAGAUAGAAGGUUCUCUUCACUGCUUUCUUCUUUUUUUUUUAUGCAUUCGUUCGUACCUCGUAAGCGAAGAAAAAAGGAGAGAAAGAGAGUACGCGUCUUAGAGAUGUCUGGGUUUAAUUAAACUUAGGAUUUGUGUGUACUUCAUCGUGCUUUGUAUACCACGUGUAUUCAUUUGUUAUUAUGUGGCGCAAUAUACCCGUUAUUGUACUACGCGGCGAAUGCAAUGACUGUAUAGCGAAAUAUACAACUUAUGUCAAUACUC